AUGUCUCUGAGCAACAGCCACAGCUUCAUCGAGCCGCAUGCCAGCUCUUCCGAGGCCGACAUGGACUCCCUUCCCUCCUCUUCCACGAGUUCCUCAGUCGACGAAGACGAAUAUGUUUCAGACGCAGAAAGAGAAUGGCGGGAGUCAUUGCAGCAGAUGGAGUUGCUGCUGACCAUGGUCAUGGUACCAUACAUUGGGAAAUACUUUGGACGGAAGUUUGCAUACUACGGCUGGGCCAAGUUCAUGGAAUGGAAAUAUCCUGUCGAGAUUGUCAUUACAAAUAAAACAGCUUUCAAGGCAGCCGGGGCCAUCGAGGCAGCGGCAACAUUAUAA